AGAGAGACAGAGAGUGAGGGCGCGCAUGUCCAAUCCUUCCAUGCAGACGCUCCUCACCACUGGCGAGUUGUUCUCUCUGUCUUUUCCUUCUCGCGCUCUCUUCCACCCAUCUUGCAUGUGCUCGGUUUAGUGUUUACCGAGCCGGACAGAGCUCUCUCCAGCGGUAGCGGACACUGCGGGGGAACAAAACCACUAUGGAUUGCUAAUACUCGGGUUUAUUUUUCUCUUUUCCCACCUUCUCUCUCGCCUUGUUUCCUCCUCCUCCAUGUCUCUCCACAGUUUUUAAGGGACGGAAAAUGAGGAUUAUUUACUCGCACUUUGUCGGCGUGUUUUCCGCCCUUUGGGGGCUAGCGACUGGGGCUUUCCCCAGCAGUGUUCAAAUAGGUGGUCUAUUUAUCAGGAACACAGAUCAGGAGUACACAGCAUUUCGACUGGCUAUCUUCCUGCACAACACCAGCCCCAAUGCCACGGAGGCUCCAUUCAACCUUGUACCCCAUGUCGACAACAUUGAGACAGCUAACAGCUUCGCCGUCACAAAUGCCUUCUGUUCGCAGUACUCGCGGGGUGUGUUUGCUAUCUUCGGCCUGUACGACAAGCGUUCGGUGCACACCCUGACGUCGUUCUGCAGCGCUCUGCACAUCUCCCUGGUCACGCCCAGUUUCCCCACGGAGGGGGAGGGCCAGUUCACCCUGCAGCUCCGCCCCUCUAUCAGAGGAGCUCUGCUGUCCCUGCUGGACCACUACGACUGGAGUCGCUUCGUAUUCCUCUACGACACAGACAGAGGUUAUGCCAUCCUACAGGCAAUCAUGGAGCGAGCAGGUCAAAACGGUUGGCAGGUGAGUGCCAUCUGCGUGGAGAGUUUCAACGAGGCAGCGUACCGUCGUCUGCUAGAAGACCUGGACCGCCGGCAGGAGAGGAAGUAUGUCAUCGACCUGGAGCCUGAGAGACUGCAAAGCAUUCUAGAACAGGCCGUUAGUGUGGGGAAACAUGUCAAAGGCUACCAUUACAUCUUGGCCAACCUGGGUUUUAAAGACAUAUCUCUAGAGAGAUUUAUGCAUGGUGGGGCUAACAUCACAGGGUUCCAGUUGGUUGACUUCAGUAAGCCAAUAGUCCUCAAACUGAUGCAGCGCUGGAACAAACUGGACCAGAGAGAGUACCCAGGCUCUGACAUCCCACCCAAGUACACCUCAUCUCUGACAUAUGAUGGGGUGUUGGUGAUGGCCGAGGCCUUCAGGAACCUGCGUCGUCAGAAGAUAGACAUCUCCCGUAGAGGAAAUGCUGGAGACUGUCUGGCCAACCCAGCUGCUCCCUGGAACCAGGGCAUAGACAUGGAACGCACACUCAAACAGGUGCGUAUCCAGGGUCUAACAGGUAACAUCCAGUUUGACCACUACGGCCGCAGAGUCAACUACACCAUGGACAUGUUUGAACUGAAGAGCAACGGACCACAACGGAUUGGCUACUGGAACGACAUUGACAAACUGGUUCUGGUCCAGAAUGAGGUGCUGUUGUCUAACGACAGCACAAACAUUGAGAACAGGACAGUCGUCGUGACAACUAUCAUGGAGGGUCCUUAUGUGAUGCUGAAGAAGAACUGGGAGAUGUUUGAGGGGAAUGACCAGUUCGAGGGCUACUGCGUGGAUUUGGCCUCAGAGAUCGCCAAACACAUCGGCAUCAAGUACAAGAUCGCCAUCGUCCCUGACGGCAAGUACGGAGCCAGAGACCCCGAGACCAAGAUCUGGAAUGGCAUGGUGGGAGAACUGGUCUAUGGGAAAGCAGAGAUAGCGGUCGCCCCUCUGACUAUAACCCUGGUACGUGAGGAGGUGAUAGACUUCUCUAAGCCCUUCAUGUCCUUGGGGAUCUCCAUCAUGAUCAAGAAGCCCCAGAAGUCUAAACCUGGAGUGUUCUCCUUCCUGGACCCUCUGGCCUACGAGAUCUGGAUGUGCAUCGUCUUCGCUUACAUAGGGGUCAGUGUGGUGCUGUUUCUGGUGAGUCGCUUCAGUCCAUAUGAGUGGCAUGCAGAGGAGCCAGAGGAAGGCUCUACUGAGCCAGGCCCCACUGACCAGCCACCCAAUGAGUUUGGCAUCUUCAAUUCACUCUGGUUCUCACUGGGGGCCUUCAUGCAGCAGGGCUGCGACAUCUCACCACGAUCUCUGUCGGGGCGUAUAGUGGGGGGCGUGUGGUGGUUCUUCACUCUUAUUAUCAUCUCGUCCUACACGGCCAACCUGGCUGCCUUCCUCACAGUGGAGAGGAUGGUGUCGCCCAUAGAGAGUGCUGAGGAUCUGGCCAAGCAGACGGAGAUCGCCUACGGAACACUGGACUCAGGCUCCACCAAGGAGUUUUUCAGGAGGUCAAAGAUUGCUGUAUAUGAGAAGAUGUGGUCCUAUAUGAAGUCUGCUGAGCCCUCUGUCUUCGCUAAGACCACAGCGGAGGGCGUAGCUCGCGUCCGCAAGUCCAAAGGGAAGUACGCUUUCCUCCUGGAGUCCACCAUGAAUGAGUACACGGAACAACGCAAGCCCUGCGACACCAUGAAGGUUGGAGGCAACCUGGACUCCAAGGGAUAUGGCAUUGCCACACCUAAAGGCUCACAGCUAAGAAAUGCGGUCAACCUGGCUGUGUUAAAACUCAACGAGCAGGGCCUGUUGGACAAAUUGAAAAAUAAAUGGUGGUACGACAAGGGAGAGUGUGGCAGCGGGGGAGGGGACUCCAAGGACAAGUCCUCCCAGGCCCUGAGCCUGAGCAACGUGGCUGGGGUCUUCUACAUCCUGGUGGGGGGUCUGGGCCUAGCCAUGCUGGUGGCCCUGGUCGAGUUCUGCUACAAGUCGCGUGCCGAGGCCAAGCGCAUGAAGCUGCCCUUCACAGAAGCCAUGCGGAACAAGGCUCGGCUGUCAAUCACGGGCAGUGUGGGUGAGAAUGGGCGUGUCUUAACCCCGGACUGCCCUAAGGCCGUCCAUGCUGGCCACUCCCUCAGACGCCCAGGGCUUUCCCUACCCUCGGGCCUACCCUGAAAACCAAAAACACACACUGUGCCUUAACCCACACACACACACACACACACACACACACACACACACGGCUACAUCAUUACCACCCCGACGCCACACAGACCAGAGACCGCCAGCAAGCUAACUACAGGAAGAGAGGGGGGAGAAAUGUGACGAUCGCCAUCACACAAAUUCCUCAUAUGAGUGUAAACGUUGGGAGAUCCAUGAAACAAGGACAACAAGGUGCCAAACUGACAGUGUCAGCACACUAAUGACACAGGAACCGAAAUGAACAAAAAGCUGGCGAUGUUGAUGACGAAGAAUUUGGGCAGCUUCAUGAGCAGGCAGACGUGAUAGAAUGGGUCCUCUAACAAGCCACACCCCUGACCCAAUACCAGGAAACUAUGCUUUAGGACAAACAUCUUCAUCAUCUUCACUUGCCUGCGAGGAAUAAGUGGCAGGAGAAUCUCUUAUAAGACCAGAAAACUGUAAACCUGAAAACAUUGGACUGUACAAAACUGCUCUUUCGCCGUGAACUGGUCAGACGAACAUGCUUUCUUACAACACUUUGGUUAGCAUCUCGCAAAAACAACACAGUGAUCACUGAAGUUAAAGUAAUAGACGACAACUCGAUGGAUAUCUCCAAACUCACACGGCUAACACAACCGUAGGAUACACAGGGGUUUGUAGAAAUAAACUACAAAAAGGAGUAAUAGUUAUUGAAAUGAUCCAUAAAAUGACAGUAACGCUAAAUAGCAACUAGAUGUAUCACUUCUCUGGGCGUGGAACAGAGGUAAAACUGUACAUUCUGUGAGAAGUGAAGAAAACGUAUCAAAGUUCAUCUCAAAUGAGACAUUAUCCCCAAUAUAAGGCAUUAUCUUUGACCAGGGCCACAUUUAGCCAGCUAGGCCCCUGGUCUAAAGAACUGUUUUUCAGUGGAGGGGGAGGUACUGUAUCAGAAGCUUGCUUUUUAAACUGUUGUAAAUAACUGCGUAGCAAAACUGAAAUCACCUCUCUUUUUUAACCAUCUUAGGUAAUAAUUCAUUGCAAUAAUGAAUAUAAGAAAAUGCCACUUGUAAUUAUGAAUACAUCUUUUUAUAAAUACAUAUUAUAUACAGUACAAAUGAAUAUAUAUCUAUACAUCUACAGAGAGCUAUAGAACAUUAGAUGAUCACCAUUGAGUGAGGCCAUGACAUAUGUUCCGUUAAAGGGUGUUUUGAUAAUGAUUCAUUUACACAGUCUUUGUGUGUCCUAAUCCACACUGAAUGUCAAUCUGACACUCACAAACACACACGUCACUUACACAGGGUCAACUCUUGCAGAGGGAUCUUCGGCACCACACAAGAUGUUCCUUUCUUUUCUACUUGUUUGUUCCCCAUGUAGUUUUAAUUUAGUUGUUUUGUCCAUCAUUUUGAGAACAUAGCCUCUGUACGUACAAUAGUCCCAGAUCUUUGUGUUUAAUCCUCUAGCCAUGUUCGUUUGUCUGACCGUCUUCUGUUUUAAAGGCUAUUACAGUCUGGAGAGGAAAGGGAGAAAGAAAGAUAACAAAAAAAUGAAGUACCAGACAUUUUGGUGGCAUUGACAGCAGUUUCCUUUGGCCUGGAAUGUUGAGCACUCUGUAUCACCUUCUCAUCUCCCCGCUCACUGAGAGGGUCACUGCACAGAGUCCCCUUGACCUAACCCCUGACAUUAAACCUUUGACCUUCUCUAGCUUUGACCUUUAGACUCUUAUAGGCACUGACACGACCAGUCAGCCUUUAAACUCUCACUCUGAGCCCUAGUCUUAAUCUCUCUCCCUCUCCUAACCCUCUAGAGUUUACAAGACAUUUAGAUUAUUUAAUUUGUAUAUUUUUCAAUCUCCCACCAGAUGAACUAAAACCCAGACAGGCAAUCCUAUCUGUGUUUUGUUGAAGCAGACAGGUUGACUGCUGGCUGGCUUACUAACCACUUCAGUGUUUUCUGGGUUUAACACAAUCUUUCUUUGUAUUUGGUUACGUUUUCUAGUAAAAUAUCAACCCCU